CAGAUGGGAGCGAUGGCGCCGCGCACGCUGCUCCUGCUGCUGGUGGCCACCCUGGCCCCAACCCAGACCCGCGCGCGGUCACACUCGCUGCGGUAUUUCUACACCGCCAUGUCCCGGCCCGGCCUCGGGGAGCCCCGGUUCAUCGCUGUCGGCUACGUGGAUGACACGCAGUUCGUGCGCUUCGACAACGACGCGGAGAAUCCGAGGAUGGAGCCGCGCGCACCGUGGAUGGAGCAGGAGGGGCCGGAGUAUUGGGAGCGGGAGACACAGAACUGUAAAAACACGGAGCAGACUUUCAGAGUGAGCCUGAGGAACAUCCGUGGCUACUACAACCAGAGCGAGGGCGGCUCUCACACGCUCCAAAGGAUGUAUGGCUGUGACAUGGGGUCGGACGGGAGCCUUCUCCGCGGGUACAUGCAGGAAGCCUAUGAUGGCCACGACUACAUCACCCUGAACAAAGACCUGAAAACCUGGACGGCGGCGGACAUGGCAGCACAGAACACCCGACGCAAGUGGGAGCUCGCUGGUGAUGCAGAGAAACGCAGGGCCUACCUGGAGGGCGACUGCAUGGAGUGGCUCCGCAGAUACCUGGAGCUUGGCAAGGAGACACUGCUGCGCACAGAUCCCCCAAAGGCACAUGUGAACCAUCAUCUCAGAUCUGAAGGUGAAGUCACCCUGAGGUGCUGGGCUAUGGCCUUCUACCCUGCUGACAUCACCCUGACCUGGCAGUUGAAUGGGGAGGACCUGACCCAGGACAUGGAGCUUGUGGAGACCAGGCCUUCAGGGGAUGGAACCUUCCAGAAGUGGGCAUCUGUGGUGGUGCCUCUUGGGAAGGAGCAGAAUUACACAUGCCAUGUGCAACAUGAGGGUCUGCCUGAGCCGCUCAUCCUAAGAUGGGAGCCUCCUCCAUCCACUCCUCCAUCCUCCAACAUGGCGGUCAUUGCUGUUCUUGUUUUCCUUGGAGUCAUGGCCAUCAUUGGAGCUGUGGUGGCUUUUGUGAUGAAGAGGAAACACAGGUCCAUAGCUUUUCUUCUCACAGGUAGACAAGGAGGGGACUACACUCCAGCUCCAGGUAACUCCCAGAGCUCUGAUAUGUCUCUCCCAGAUUGUAAAGUGAUGGUUCAUGACUCUCAUUCUCUAGCAUGA